AGACUGAGCUCCAAGACCAAAGAAGGAGCUCCCAGGAGGAACCCCUCUCCCCAGUCUUCCCAGUUCCUGCCCUUCUGUGAGAAGUGUCAGCCUGGAACAUGCCACAGGAUGGGACCAGCAGUGUGAAUCAGCUAGGGGGGCUUUUUGUGAACGGCCGGCCCCUGCCCCUGGACACCCGGCAGCAGAUUGUUCGGCUGGCAGUCAGCGGGAUGCGGCCCUGCGACAUCUCACGGAGCCUUAAGGUAUCUAAUGGCUGUGUGAGCAAGAUCCUAGCGCGUUACUACCGCACAGGUGUCUUGGAGCCCAAGGGGAUUGGGGGAAGCAAACCCCGACUGGCCACACCCCCUGUGGUGGCUCGAAUUGCCCAGCUGAAGGGUGAGCGCCCUGCCCUCUUUGCCUGGGAGAUCCAACGCCAGCUCUGUGCUGAAGGGCUUUGCACCCAGGACAAGACUCCCAGUGUCUCUUCCAUCAACCGAGUCCUGCGGGCACUACAGGAGGACCACCGACUGCCCUGGGCACAGCUCAGGUCACCAGAUGUUUUGACUCCAGUUCCUCACACUCCCCGCAGUGGCUGUGAAGUUCCUCGGGGUCCCCACCCAGGGACUGGCCACCGGAAUCGGACCAUCUUCUCCCCAGGCCAAGCUGAGGCUCUGGAGAAAGAGUUCCAGCGUGGGCAGUAUCCUGAUUCGGUGGCCCGUGGAAAGCUGGCCGCUGCCACCUCUCUGCCUGAGGACACGGUGAGGGUCUGGUUUUCCAACCGAAGAGCCAAAUGGCGCCGACAAGAGAAGCUCAAGUGGGAAAUGCAGAUUCCAGGUGCUUCCCAUGUACCAACUGUGCCCAAUGCCUCCCCUGGGAUCAUCUCUGCACAGCCCCCUGGGAGUGUGUCUUCAGCAGUCCUGCCUGCCCUGGAAUCCUUGGGUCCCUCCUGCUAUCAGCUGUGCUGGGGGACAGCACCGGACAGGUGUCUGAGUGACAACCCACCCCAAGCCUCUCUCAAGCCCUGCUGGGGCCACCUGCCUCCUCAGCUGAGCUCCCUGGAUUCAGUAGUGCUUUGCCAUCCUUACCCUUCCUUCCACUGCUCCGUGGCCAGUGUUGGUGCCCCUGCGGCCUUGCUCUGGCCCAGCUCCCCAUCCCUGCAAGGCCUGGAAUGAGGGAGGAGGGCCAGAGUGGAAAGGAGAUGGGGUGGGGAGGAUCUAAUAUCAUCCUGCCCAAGCAGAUUACUGGUUCCUCUUCCUUCCUGUGACUCUUUCUCCUCAUCUGUGGACCCGGUCUGGUCCUGUCUCGCUGCCCCUUCUACGCGGCACCUGUUUGGACGGGCUGGGAAAGCCGUGCCCACUCACGCUGGCCUUUAAUGGCCUCUAGUUGGCAGGAAUAAAAGCAUUUUUUUAAU